AUUUCUGGUACUAACGCCAGGAAGGAACAAAACCAAAAUCAAAACUUCAGCAGAAGUUGAUUCCAGUAUUGCGCCUUCUAAUUUUGAUUUAUAUUUGUGCGGUCGUUUUACGCUAAGUUGUGUAUCGACAUUCGAGAGAACCCAAUCGAAUCAGUGUCGAGCGCGAAAGUGAAGUGAUCGGUUCGGUGGCGGUUUGGAAAAAAAACGCUUAAGGCGGUUCGCUCUGGGUGGUUUUAAAUACCAACUUUGGUAUUGAUUAACGCGGAAAAAGUGUAUUGUGCGGGAUCAACUAUCAAAAUAAAUCCAUUUGAGUGGUAUUACAUUUACAGUGGCAAACAAUACCUAUCGUAGACAAUGGGCCGUACGAGCCCUUCUUCAAGCACAAAAGUAGUUGUUCGCCACAAAAACAGAAUUUCAAAUUUUGAAUUAAUCGUCUCUAAAUAAAUAUUCACAACACAUAGGCAUAAUUUAAAGGUGGAUCAAUAAACGUGUAUAUGUCGAUAGAUACGGUUCAAUAGAUUCGAAAACCAAAUGUGAUGAGUGUGUCCUGCCAUUGUAAGAACAAUUCGGUUUUCUGUGUCUCAAUUUGUUUAAAUCACAGAAUAUUACAAACAACCAAAUCUAAAACGAAUGUCGGAUAGUAGUCUUCGGCUGGGAGAACUGUGUAAUGUGAAUGGGUUCAGUGCAUUGUGGAAUUGAGAAUCAAUUGACCUUUGGUGGUAGAUCAAACGUGUGGAUUUCGUUAGCAAGUAUUGGAGCUAAAUAAAUACUAUCGCUAAUAAUUGUAGACAUUCGUGGAAUGUGAGCUAUAAAAGAUGCCAUCCUAGAAGGAAGAUUGCCUGAUUCUCGGAAAUACACCUACUAACAUAUGCAGCUUGUGAUGCGUAAAACUGCACGAUGCAAUCCAACAGAAAAUGAUUCCAAGUUCGUCACGUGUGCUACAUUAAUGCUACACUAAUCCUGGCGAAUAUAUUUGUGCGGAUAAAAUAAUUGAAUCGUACCGGAAAUAAGUACAGAUACGUGCUUCAUCACCAUGCAAGUUAUAAUUUUAAAGUAUGUGCAAGUGCUGUGUAUCACGGUGUUUUUUUCAAACAACAUCAACUGUGACAAGCUGUUGCUCCACAACGAACAGGAGGAUCAGCAUCUUUACAGAAUUGGUUCCUGUGCAGCUGAAUGUUUAGCAGAUGAAGAUAAAUCGAAGUCUCUAGAGUCAUGCUACAAGCUUUGCUCGGCUAACGGAUUGAAUCAAGCAUUGCUACUCAGACAGAAUGUCGAACUUCCCUACAGCAUCGAACUGAUUUGUCGUGAUAGCUCGAGUUUGGUAAUCAACAUACAUAACCCUCACUUGGACAAACAUGAUAAGAACACACCGGCGGUGAAUGGAACAGAACAAACGAAUAGAAAAUUAUUUCAUGGAACCGCAACAUAUGAAUCUGGUGCAAAUAAUCAAACCAGCAUGUCAAGAACACGAAGAAGUAUAGCUGACAGUAUUUCUCCAAAAGGAAAUUAUAAAAAUAAUAUCACUAAUCUUGGGAACCCUAAUAACAACGGAGUAACGCUUACCGAUCACGAUAAUAAUAAAGGAAGAAAAUCGGCAAAAUCCGCCAAUCACAUCUAUCUGGUUAAGGUGCAGGAAAGCGGAAAUGAACUAGGAGAUAGAAUUGUAUAUAUGAGCAAUACAUCGAUUGUGAAAAUCGAAAAUCUCAGCCCAAAUAAACUCUAUAACCUUACCGCAACCGUGCUCAGCUCAAAUCGAGAAUAUAUUUACGUAGACAAGAAUCAGCAAUUCAAAACGCUUCCGCAAGAUUACACACCUGGGGAAAUAACAGAGGUAGAAGUUGGAAAUUAUUCUACGAACCAGAAAAACGUCGCUCUGUUGGACGCCCUUGUUUCAUGGAAACCUGCAGCGGACAAGACCUGUCAUUAUGAGAUUUUAUGUUACUCCAGUAGUUAUCCGGAUUUCCAUCUAGAACCCAUCAAUGUUCAACAGCCACAAGAGUUAUAUCGAUACACCAUUAGUUCGCUCAGUUUGGACUCGGAAUAUGUUAUUGGUGUUCGCGCGAAGAAUUCCAAAAAUCCAUAUCGCGAAAGCAAACUGCAUUGGCACACAUUUGAGACUCCAAGUUGCAAUGAUUUUCACAACAGCAGCAAAAUGUGUGCACCUGAAAUGAUUGCGAACUUACGUGUAAGUUUUGUCCAUCUUUCGGAACGUAAUUAUCGCUUCAACAUCAGCUGGGACACACCACGCUUCGCACCGGAUUCUUACACAGUGAAUAUGUACGACCUGAAUCCUGCAGCAGAAAAUAGAUCAGCCAACUCGCUAUCAAGAAAUGUGAGCGGGAACGCAACAAGCUUAGUAAUAGAAUCUUUUCCAGUAUAUGGAGUUCAGUACGAAGUGCAAGUUGCCGCCCAUGCUAAUAAUAGAACAGUCUUUUAUCAUGAACAUGGAACUCCGUACAAAUCUGUUAACAUUGCUCGCGCUACAACAGACCACUGGAACGGAGGAAGACUAGCGGUCAUUAUUCUAUCACCAAUCCUAAUAAUUGGUGUGAUGAGAAUCCUCAUAUCACUCAUAUGUAGACGUAAAAAUAAAAUCGAAAGAUACGAACAACGAUUCGAUUACUUCAAGGAUCUGGAGCAAAAAUCACCGAUGGACCCGGGCAAUGGUUUUGAAAUCAAAGUGAAAAACAUCCAGGAAAUUCUUGAGCCUAUUGCACUUCCAAUCGACCUCCACAUCGCCCCAAUUAAUGACGAAAUGGAAAUCAGUCUCGACCAAGUAAAGCUACUGAAUGUUUUAGGCGAAGGUGCCUUUGGCGUGGUGCGUAAAGCGUUACUUGUGCGACCACCUGGAGUAUAUACCAAGGUAGCCGUGAAAAUGUUGAAAGAAAGCCCAAGUCUUGAUGAUAUAAGGGAAUUUCGGCGGGAGAUAGAGGUUAUGAAGUCUGUUGGGCCGCAUCCCUACGUAGUCUGCAUCUUAGGACACUACACUAAGAAUGUAUACGAGAUGAUGCUUAUCACGGAAUACUGCAGCGAGGGAAAUCUAUUGAACUAUUUGAGAUGCGAAUGGAACAAAUUGCAACGGAAGAAAAACCAAACCACAAAAAUGUCAAAGCAACACUCUUCGCCAAUGUCUGAUGGAACGGAUGCGCGAAAGGCUCCAUUAGUUCUGGAAAGCAACAAAAAACCCGAAAAUGUUUUCAAUUUUGACACAUCCUCUUUAAACGAUAAGAAACUUUUAACAUAUAAAAAUAUUUCAGAACAUGACACUGCAGAGAAGCUAUCCACAGAACCUCUCAAUAUUAUCGAAAAUGAACUAUAUUCACUAAUGGACAAAGAAAGCAGUUGUUUUGAACCGGGGGCUGAAAAAGUCACCGCACUUCCAGGGGAAAACGGUAAUGUUUGUACCAAUGCAUGUAAAUGUAAAGUAGACAUCCUGGAGCAUACCCAAAUGGAGAAGAAUGAAUGUAGCAUCAAAAUAAACGGCUGUGAAUGUAGCGAAAAAAAGAUAGUCCUAGAAAGACCCAAUGCAGUGGAGAAUAUAUGUUAUCACAGUGAGCAAGUCAUAGAAAAUAUAAUCUCCAGCGAACAACUCAUAGAAUUCGCUAGACAAAUAGCUGUUGGAAUGGAAUUCCUUGCGCACAAUAAAGUCGUUCAUCGAGAUUUAGCGGCUAGAAACGUGUUAGUUUGUGCAAACAGGACAGUUAGAAUAUCUGAUUUUGGGUUAAGCAGAGACGUUUAUCAAGAAAAUUUGUACCGUAAAUCCGGGAGAGGAAAGUUGCCCAUCAAAUGGCUCGCAUUGGAAUCAUUAACACACCAAAUAUAUACAUCUCAAAGUGAUGUGUGGUCAUACGGUAUCUUACUGUACGAGAUAUGUACCUUGGGCGGAAAUCCUUACCCACUGCUGUCCACCGGUGAAUUGAUAGCUGAACUCAAAAAACACUAUCGCAUGGAAAAGCCUUCGGGUUGUAGCGAGGAGCUGUAUGGACUGAUGUUAUCCUGCUGGAAUGCCCUACCGAUCGAAAGGCCAAACUUUUCGAGUAUCCAGAGAAGACUUGAAGAACUCGCAAAGUUAAGUUCAGAACGGAAUGAGCCUGUAAUUAACUUGGAUGCCAGUAUCAUGUCAGAAAGCACCAAAGUGAUUUUUUUUCUCUUUUCCAUGCAGUGCAGAGAACGCAACGAAGGCGAAUUUAUACUUAAAACCGGUUGAGUAUUAGGGAGACAGGGCGCCAUGAUUCACCUUUGCAAUAGAAAUUAAAGUAACUCUUAACUGUAUGUUUGAAUGGAACAUAUAUCGUCGUUCAACAGACUAAUUGUAUAGAAUAUUUGUCAUCAUAAACCAACGGAAUAAAAAUCCAUCUUUUUCUUCCUGGAUUCACCAAUAAAAUGUUCUCUUUUUUCACAUACUUGGGUACUUACAAACUAAGUUUUUCAAAUGAAACGUUCCAAAUGGACUGCAUACUGCCGCUACUGGAAGCCAAUGUACCUUCAUUUGUGCUUCGAUAGAGUCGUAUUUCUGAUCAAGCCGAUGAGGUAUGAAACA